AUGGACUCAGUACAACGGUGUCGAGCGCUUGUACGGCAUCUGAAUACACAUAGCAGGCGACAUGCAAGCUCCAACAAUGGACCACGCGACUACAAUGCCGCCGUCGCCGCCCUCAAUACACUGCAGAGUAACUUCUCAAUCGUGGAGGCUAUCAAGAAGUUGGGGCCGGGAUGGAACCAGCAGGCUCUGCCAGAGAUGAGGGAGUGGGCGCGGAGGAUAGGCUAUGAGCCCUCCGAUUUCGACACCUUGAACCCCGUGCACAUAGCUGGCACGAAAGGCAAAGGCUCGACAUCAGCUUUCGUCUCAUCCAUUCUGGCGCAGUAUCUCCCGACUAAGCGGAGCAUACACGUCGAAAGGCUACCGUCCAGCGUAGGACUAUAUACGUCUCCGCAUCUACGGUUCGUCCGUGAGCGCAUCCAGAUCAACAACCGACCUAUCUCCGAAGAAAUAUUCGCAAAGUACUUCUGGGAGCUCUGGGAUCGAUUCGAGAACAGUCGAUCGGUGGAGAGUGAAAUCAUCCCAAGGAACAGCGAAGGCAAGCCGGUCUACUUCCAUUAUCUUACUCUAAUGGCCCUGCACUGCUACCUCGAGGAGAAGGUCGGGUCAGCCGUGAUCGAAUGUGGUAUUGGCGGCGAGUAUGACACCACCAAUAUUCUGAUGAAGCCAAGUGUGACCGGCAUUACGAGUCUGGGCAUGGACCACGAAAGCUUGCUCGGAGACACGAUUGAGAGUAUCGCCUGGCAUAAGGCUGGGAUUUUCAAGGAAGACGUCCCAGCGUUUACAGUGUCCCAGCCAGAUUCUGCGCUGCGAGUGCUUCGGGAUCGCGCAGCAGAGCGACGCACAGAACUGCAUGUCGUUCCUCGCCACAAGGCCAUGGGUACAAUCAAGCUGGGCCUGCAGGGUGACUUUCAGCAGACCAAUGCAUCGCUUGCUGUUGCUAUAGCCGCACAGCAUCUGCAGCGACUAGGCUACAGCGGCUUGCCUGACCCUCACGACCACGCCUCCGCACUUCCGGAAGAAUUCGUCGCUGGUCUGGGGAACGCUCGCUUAGGAGGGCGCUGCGACAUGCGUACAGACACCAAACGAGACGGGUUAACAUGGUACAUUGAUGGCGGCCACAACUUGGAGAGCAUCGAAGUGGCAGCCAAGUGGUUCGCUUCUGCCGCAAACAAGCCUCCUUCAUCACCUCUCACGACCCGCUCAACAAGAAUCCUCCUCUUCAACCAACAAACCCGCGACGCCGGCACUCUCGCUCGCCGCCUGCACACAACCCUCGCCACGGCCUUGGAUGAUAACCACCCUUUCCAGCACGCCAUCUUCUGCCCCAACGUCACUUACGAAAACGCCGGGUACAAGGCCGACCUGGUCAGCAUGAACACCAACGCCCACGACAUUAGCUCGCUCAAAGUGCAAAAGGAUCUGGCAGCGACAUGGGACAAGAUAGAUCCGGACGCGAGCGUCCAUGUCACAGGCACGAUUGAGGAAGCCGUCGCACUGGCACGGAGCAUCGCUGGAGAGUCCGCUGGCAAGGUGGACGUCAUGAGCACAGGCAGUCUACAUCUGGUAGGGGGUCUGAUCGAGGUACUAGAGAGUGAGAUUGAAGCUGGGAAGUAG